AUGUGCUUUGCGCUGGCCGACGUCGACUCACUUCGAAGCUGCUUUAUCGCCGCUCGAUUAUCAACCAUGAGCGGCAUCGGCUCCAGCACCGGCAAGCGAAUCUCCAGCAGUAGCUGGCGGAAACCCAGCAAUUCACGGCAAACGUGCGACUCAGCCGUAAAUUCUGCUUCCAUAGUCGAAAGCGCGACACCACCUUGUUUCUUACACACCCACAGAAUCGGCAUCCCGUCCAGUAGCACGACGCCUCCCGUGACACUCUUGCGGUCGGUUUUGUCCGCCGCGAAGUCUGCAUCACUAAAUCCUUCGAGUCGCAGCGCCGCGCCAGGAUUGCAGCCUUUCAUUCGCAGUUUGACGCUCUUUGAGCCACUUAGGUAG